AAAGUUUCAUGGCCGCCAGUCGUUGAAUACAACAUGCUUCUCUGACCACAACCCCUCGCAAGAUGACGGAAACUCACACAAGCUUCUAGCAAACACCAACAGGCUUGCACAACUUGCAACAACGUGCAUCUUCAUUGUUCAACGCGGGUUGCACUUGUGGUGAAGGUACACACAAUUGGGAAUUCCCUAGUGCCACAGCUGCUGUCCAACCAGACUCUACCAUUUAUCCGACGACAGCUUCGACAGUUCUUCCUCUGAUACAUGCCUGUGUGAGUAACUCGCAUUCCGCUUGCUGUCCUUCUUCCAUCGGGCUGCAACGAAUGACCUUUGCGGCGUUUGUGCAUCCGUCAAGGUCCCCCUUCUGACGCGUCUGGUGCUUUAGGAUAGACGAACAGUUGUAGUAAGUUGGGAAUAUGCUGUAGAUAGAGAUAGAUGUUUUAAGGCUUUUUUUUUACCAAUGUGAGACUCGGACUUUUAACGCAUUUGCUGCCCUCAAUCAGAUAGAUAGAUUUGCAUUUCCAAAUAUGCUCGCUACUACACCUAUUCCCACGCCCAUCAAAGAGCCUUCGAUAUACGAAAUUGAAAAGCCUUUUACCUCCAAACCAUUCCAUGUCGCUCCUCCUCUCCCUCCACCACAAGAAAAUCUAGAUGUUCGAUCGUACAAGCACCUCCAAUCCUUGAUCAGACAGGCAUUGAAGGAGGUUUAUGUGGACGUGGAUACAUGGGAGAAAGUACUGACGGAAGUUGCGUUAGAAAUUGCUCAGGAUGUGCCGUUUGCCCUUGAGAUCAUUGGUCGACCGUCGUCAAACGGAAUGGCUGAUGAUGGCAGCACCAGUCUUCAUCAUGUCAUCAAAGUGACGACCGAACCGUUUGGCAUGCCGCAGGAGUCGCGCUACGUUCCUGGUCCCGCUGAGGGAGAGAUCCCUCCUGAAGUGGUGGCCAUAGAACCAAAUAUUUUGGAGCUUGGAGGAACUGUCGUACUCAAAGGCACGGCCAAAGAUCUCCCCAAAAUCGAGAAAGUAAUGGAACUUGUCGUCUUUGUCGUUUGUAACCUAAAGUUAGAGAUGUACUUGUUUCGCGAUCAUUUUGCUGUUAGACCUGAUUCCGCUGAAGCGAAUGCAGUGCAUCGCUCGCCACCACCUCCGAGGCGAGUAGGGAGAUCCUUAUGGAACUGGAUACGUGGAGAGAAUAGAAGUGGACACGGAAGCAAUCCGCGGUCAGCUUCCCCAGAGGGUGUCGUGGAUGGAAGUAAUCGGUUCGAUAGGGCGAUCAGACAAAUCGAAAAGACGAUUAUCAGUGCAUCACCGGACGUGAUUUUUCCUCCACCGCAUCUGCUCCUCCGAUUACGAGAUGAGGAGGUCAACUUGUAUCCCGUAAGAAUGCUGGAUCAAGACGGUCGACGGAUAUCGUACGGUCCCGAUGACGUGGACUUUCCUUCUGGAAGCGGAUCAGGCAAAUUUAAUAGCUGGGGUUCCAACUCACCCGGGCGACGCUAUUCGAGUGCGUCGACCAAGUCCACAAGCAGUAGAACCUCCCAUAUCUCCGUGGACUCAAAGGCGGGUCUGGGAUAUCUGAUGACCAACAACAAUAGCAUAAGUGGCGUGAUGAGGCAUCAGAGUGUCACUUUCGCUUAUUCCUACUACUUUUCCGGUUCCAAUAUUCCUUGCCGUCCUCCAGAAAUCCUGACAAUCGAAUACUAUCAGAAAUUGGGGCAACACUUUCAAGAUAGAUCUUUAGGACAGUUUGUGGAACUUCUAUGUAACAAGGCAAAAGGACUUUGUCCGGAUGCCAUGUGCGGAAAGCCGAUGGGUCAACAUGUUAUCACCUAUACUCACAAUCAUGGACGUAUUAGCGUAAGCGUUCGAGAGGCUCCUCAGCGACUGGGCUCGCCGCCCGAACCGGAUCAAAUUUACAUGUGGACUGGGUGUCGGGAGUGCGAAUCAACCACUGAUAUAGUUCCAAUGUCCACGGGUACUUGGCAUUACUCAUUUGCGAAAUAUCUGGAACUCUUAUACUACAACCCGUACUUUGUGUGUGGAACCGUAUGUUCUCAUAUCCACACCAGAGAGAACGUUCGGCGAUUUUUCCGGCUGCGGAACGAAAUUGUCGUGUUCGAGUACGAUUACAUCGAUUUGUUUGAGAUGAGGGUUCCAAAGAUCCAAGUCAGUCCGGACUACUAUUUUGAUGAAGCUUCCGAUGAUGCGCACUAUGGUGCUGAUGAUGAUUUGGAGCCGUUCGGAGUUGAUGGACAUGCGAUCUUAGAGCAAACUCGGGGCGAAAUCACCACUUUCUAUAAUUCUGUCAAGGAAUACAUGCAGGGGUUGGCAUUUGCGACAGGUUCUGCUUUAGUGGCCCAGAAUGAGGGAUCAGCUGAGCAAGUUCAGUGCCAGAUCAUGUUGGAUGAAUUGGGAAAGAAGUUUGAGCAGGAUGAGCAACAGCUGCGGGAGGAGUUGAAAGCGAAAAAAGUAGCAGAAGUGAAUAAUGUGAGACGGGAGUUGUUGGCCAAGAUGAAGGAGACAGUGAAGACACUUGUAGAAUGGCAGAAACUGCAUGCGCCUGGCCACAAGGAGCAACCAGAAUGGUCAUUGCCAGAUUAUUGCAGCAUCCCUGGUCACAAGCCCAAGACAGGUCAUGUCUAUCCCAACUCUUUUGUCAUUGUUCGGGAGGACGAACCCACAUCGAUCAUCGCUUUCACUCUUAGUUCCAAAGACUAUAUUCAACAUAUUCGUAACCAACGACAGUACCCAUUCGGCGUGGACCCUGAAAGCCCUCCACCCAUCCCACAAUGGGAAAAUGUCGGGGGUGAUUGCGAGGUCAAAAUGAAAGUUUUUUCCCAUGAACAGACGCCGGGUGGUCCAAAGCAGCACAUCAAAUACAAAUUCAGGCAAGGAAAGCAUAAUUUUUCUUGUACGGUGUACUAUGCCGCGCAGUUUGAUGGGCUGAGACGAAAGUGCGGCAUGAGCGCCAUGUAUGUACGGUCUUUGAUGCGGUGUUCUGAAUGGAAUGCGUCAGGAGGAAAAUCUCGAGCUGGCUUCUUCAAAACAUGCGAUGAUCAGCUCGUCGUGAAGCAGUUGGCGUCCAAGUGGUCCAACCAGGAAAAGGCCGCGUUGAUGAAGUUUGCGCCAGCGUAUUUUGAGUAUAUGAAUAAUUCCGACAAGAACCCCACCAUUCUCGUCAAGAUAUUUGGGUUUUACACACUCAAACACAAGAAUCUACAGACGGGCACUGUAAAAAAGUUGGAUGUGUUGGUUAUGGAGCACCUGUUUGCAAACGUCAACAUUUCGCGCAAAUUUGAUCUUAAAGGCGUUCCGGAUCGGCACAUCGUCAGUAAAAAGGACGGUGAAAACGAUGUGAUGUGGGAUGGUGACUGGGUCGAUGGGCGUUACAAGCAACUUCUCCGACUCCAUGCCCACUCCAAAAAGAUAAUCGCCGAAUCUGUCUGGAAUGACACCCAAUUCCUUAGCGACGCCAACGUAAUGGACUACUCGCUCCUCGUGGGCGUCAAUGACGAUAAAAAAGAACUCGUCGUGGGCAUUGUUGACUUCAUUGGUCCCUACACAUGGUAUAAGAUCUUGGAAACGAGAGCCAAGACGACGCUCAAUGCAGCGUUGAAGGGUGGCAAGGAUGUGACAGUGCUUCCUCCGGACCAGUAUAGAGACCGGUUUAGGAAGGCGAUGGAGCAGAACUUUUUGAUGGUUCCAGACAAAUGGAUUAAGAUACCUGGACUAGAACAAGGUAUCUCGAGUAAAAAGCUUCCAUCCGUAUUGUGAUGUGGUCCGCGUCGAAGGUGAACGUAUAUAGCUGGCUGUUAAUGUUGUUUAAGGUUAUUUCCUAUUUCUUCGUUUGAUACCUGGAGGCGAAUGAGGUUCUUUUCGCCCAUCCUUCUUUAGUUUAGCUACAGUAUGAUUAGUGAAUACGUAGAGGUGACUGCGGGCCUUCUUGUCUAUAUGGUAUAUUUAGGGUUGUGAUACAACCAAUAAUACUACAAUCGCGAAGCGACAAACAAUAA